AUGUCACAACAUCAAGAUACUUUUGCUUCAAAAAAUAAUAAGUCUACUCAAAAGGUUAGCGCUCCUCCCAUGGACAUUCCCGAUGAUGAGAUUCUGGAUGUUGUUCCUCUCUCUGUUAUUCUCUGCGAGGCCAUUGAUUUGAACCAACCCAUGGAUACCUUAGCUUCUGCAUGCCCCAAUCAAGGUAACAUUUCUAGUAUGCCUUCUAGCUCAACUUCUGCCACUAAUUCUAAGGAAGAUAUACACCACACUGAUCGUGUUAUAAGAAACCUAGUCACUAGAAUCCUUAAUGAAGGACAUUCUGUAAAGGGAGACUCUACUCCCCUGUCUAAAAUGUACCCCUCUCCUGAGGUUGAACAACAUAGUGAGAAGGAUGACAAUUCCUCCAGUUCUGAAAAGGACAUGGCUGCUGAAGGGUUAUGCUCUCUAGGGCAAACUGUGUCUGAUAAAAGAAAAUCUAUGGCACCUAAAACGGCCAAUGCUUCCCACUCUGAGAAGCAUGGUGAUGCAAAUGUGGUGAUUGAUCUAGAGGAUGGUAGCUCUAAUGAUCAAGAGGAAAGUUUACUUCAUCACCUAAAGCCAAGUGUGGCUAAACGCAUGAAGACUCGAAAAGGAAGAUCUGUGGCUGAACUUAUGUCAGCUAGAAAAACUAAGAAGACUGCUGGUAUUGGUCCCUCCAAAUCUUGGAGCAAGUGGAAAUUUGUGAUUCAAAGAAGGGUGGUUGUGGAAAGGGAGUUGGGAAAAGAUACUGCUGAUGUCAAGGAGGUUAUGGACCUGAUAAAGGCUACUGGGUUGUUGAAGACUAUGGUUGGGUUCUCUCAAUGCUAUGAGGGUUUAGUUAAGGAAUUCAUUGUCAAUAUUCCUGAGGAUAUUGCUGAUAAGAACAGCAAGGAGUUCUUCCAGGUGUUUGUGAGGGGAAGAAAUAUUGAGGGUGCAGGUGAAUUGGAAGUUACAGACAAUAAGGUCUGUAGAGAGAUUAUAGCUAGGCAGGUUAAAGGAGCUGCAAAUUGGGUCCUUACCAACCAUAUUUCCACCAUUGCUAAUACCCUUGGAAGGUUUAUUUUUGUUGUUGGAACCAAAGUGAAUUUUGACUAUGGUAGAUUUAUGUUUGAACAAAUCAUCAAGCAUGCAUUUAUUCAUGCAGUUAAGCUGCCUAUUACCUUUCCCUCUAUGAUCUGUGGGAUUAUCCUGAAUCAACACCUUGGUAUUCUCUGCUCUAAUGACUUACCUAGUAGAAGAAAACCUGCUCUGUCUGUGCACUAUAAACUGUUUGAAGGCAAUCAUGUCGAGGAUAUUGUCAUGACAUCUGCCAUGAAAAAGCCAGCCUCAAAAAGUGGAACAAUUGCCGAGCUUAAGGAGACUUGCAAAGAGCUGGGUGAAGGGAUAAGGAUAGCAACAGCUAGGAAACAAUCGUUGGAAGCCUUGAUUGCAAGUUUGGAGCAGGCUGAAGGUGAAAAUAUUGAACAUGCUAAGGAAGCUGAAGCCCACACCUCUAGUGAGAGGUCUGCAAACAAUGAUAGGACAAGUGGCAAUUCUGUUUCUGGUACUGAUGAAGCUGCAAGCUCAAGCUCUACUAAUUAG